AUGCCUCCUAAGAAGCAGACCAAGGCUGGCGAGGACGCCCCUAUCGGCGGUACCACACUUUCAGAACCCGAGACACAGCUCAUCGUUGCCAUCUUUGAGAGCUCCAGCAAGGGCGACUGGGUCAACAACGUCGACUGGCAGAAGGUCACAGAUACCCUGGGCGCUACCAACAUCAAGGCAACCAAGGAGCGCUUCCGAGCCAUGGUUGCCAAGCAUGGGUUUUUCAGGACAGAAAUUUCCGAGGGCAAGGACGCUGAUGCAGCAACCCCCAAGAAGACUGCCAAGGCAAAGACUCCCGGCAGCCGCAAGAAGAAAUCUGAGCCCACUGACGAUGAUAUGGGAGAGACACCUACCAAGAAGGUCAAGACUAGUGUUGAUGCUAAUGCUGAUGCUGAUAUGGCCAGUCUGAAUGGUGAUGGCCUUAGCAUGCUGGAUGGCGGAGAUAUUUGA